AUCAGCUGUUGCUGCUGCAACAGCAUCACAGCAGGCUUGCGAUCCCCGCUUUUUCAGAGGCGUCAUGGUUAUGCAGAACGAACAUCUCCAGCUCUAUGUGGAAGCACGACAGUGACGUGUCUGAGAAUUACUCGUUAACAGAACCGGAAACGGAAGGGAGCUCCGAGCUAGAAAGUCCGGUUCCCCGCUGUUUCGAACAGUCCGAACAAGUAUUCGAAUUUGAUGACGGUACUAAUGACACUAUCGGGAGUUUAGUUGGGCCCAACCAGAGCAAAAGAUCUCGACCUCCAAUGGGCCGUUUACGUCGCAUCUCUCCCACUGUAAUUACUGGACACCAAAAAGUGGAGUUCCCUGGAAUGUUCAUCGAAGGUUUUAGAGAUGGUCAUGUUGGAUUUAACAUACCGGGCCUGUUGCAGGAUUCACUGAAACCGACUGAUUCCAUGGAGGUGAAAAUAAAUUUGUUUACUCCCAGACAGCAUAACGAAUCAAUGGAUCCAUCCGAAUCAACAUCUCCAAACUGGCUUAGGACAACAGCUGGUUUAGAAGACGAUCGUGUCGAACUCCCGACAGUGCAUUCAAACAACCGCUUUGGCCUGAACUGGACGGCACACCGUCUGACUUCCAACUAUCAUCAGGGCCUGUCUCGGUUAACUGAAGGGUCCUUCGAUACAAUGCAAUUCGCCGAACCCAACCAAGACGAUGCAUUUCCCACGAGCAGUCAUUCCAGUGGUCGUUUCGGCAUCAUUCCUAGAAACCCGGUACCAACUUCACAGAUAUGUGAGAUGGAAAACCACUUUUCAUCCGCUCUCCGUUUCGGCGAAGAUUCCACUGCUUCUGGGCUGAAUUCUCAUUUAGGACCGCCGGUAUUUCAGCACUCAGGACUUGAGGAUUCUGUAUUUUCUCACUAUCCCAGUGCACCGUCCAGAUCUGCAGUCACUAGGUUUUGGUGAACGUCUAUUACUCUACAUUGAACUAUAGCUUUAUUAUUUAUAACUUUAUUUCGUAUGCAAUGAAAAAGGAGGUUAAAUACGUACCAAACUCCUCCAGUUUUCUUUUACGACUUACGUAACUAUCGUUGAUUUUUCCACU